AUGUUUCUGUCCUACGUAGAUGUGCGUUUCAAAAACAACGGCCUAGACCUGAUAGAAGUUCAGGAUAACGGCCAUGGAAUCUCCCCGAACAACUAUGAGUCACUGGCGUUGAAACACUACACGUCCAAACUGUCGACCUUCGCGGACCUGACCUCGCUUCAAACAUUUGGUUUCCGUGGCGAGGCUCUCUCUUCACUAUGUGCAGUCUCAAACCUCACCGUCGUUACUGCGGAAGCGCAGCAGGCUCCUAGAGCUUCGAAGCUGGAUUUCGAAUUCUCUGGGAAACUCAAGAGCACGCAGGUAGUUGCUGGUCAAAAAGGAACGACGGUCUCGAUUGAGAAUCUAUUCAAGCCACUACCGGUUCGGCGGCGAGAAUUAGAGAAAAAUGUCAAAAGAGAGUACGGAAAGGUGAUAGCGCUGCUACAUGCGUAUGCAUGUAUAAGUACUGGUGUCCGAUUCAACGUCAAAAAUCAGAUGCCAAAGGGGAAGAGCGUGGUUGUUUUCACCACGAAAUCAAAUCCUACAACACGGGAGAAUAUUUCCAAUGUUUAUGGCACAAAGACGUUGCUUGCGUUAAUGCCGCUCGAUUUGAACCUGGAGUAUGAGCCGAGCACGGUGGCAAAGAGGUUUUCCAGCCAAGCUUCCAACAAAAUAUUUGUGCAUGGUCACAUAUCCAAGCCGGUAUUUGGAGAAGGAAGACAAACGCCCGAUCGGCAGAUGUUCUUCGUGAACUCUCGACCGUGUGGACUACCUCAAAUUGCAAAGGCUUUUAAUGAAGUUUACAAGUCGUUCAAUUUGUCGCAGUCACCAUUUAUCUUUGCCAACUUUGAAAUGGACACAAGUGCGUACGACGUUAAUGUUUCGCCAGAUAAGCGGACAAUCUUGCUGCAUGAUGCCGGUGCUUUGAUCGAAUCUUUGAAGGCAUCCCUUACAGAACUAUUCGAGAAUGAAGAUCAGACCGUUCCUGUUUCUCAGCUUACAUUUAGCAAGCAAAGCCAAUUAACACCAAAUCGGGGACAGACUCCACCAGCCUCGGUCGGUGCAACACAAGACAAACCGGAGGAACCACCAGGUAAUGCAGUGUAUAGCCAAGAGUUAGGACAAGAUGAUACCGUGGAAGAGAACAACCCAGAACCUACCCAAACAUCGCAAUCGUCAAUAAGGGGUGUUCUUCAAAGGUUAGAAGGUGGUGACCAGGAGAGCACACCACCCAAUACUGACAUUACAGUCGAGAAUGACCCGGUCAUCCCUGAAUCCAGUGGGGCUUAUGAUACCCCGUCUAAUAUCAACGAUGAGACAGCGGAGGGUAACCCAACCCAACUUCAGCCAGCACAGGGACAAGCUAUCUCAAGUAGCCCCUCGUUAGGCACACCAACUUACAAGCCUGGGGUAGUCCAAAAUGCUUUUGAUCGAAUGCGAAUGAACCGGAUACCUGUAGAUGUGGCGACAAUUACCAUAGGGAACAAGACCUACCAGUCGACUAUUGGUAGAGAUCCGGUGAAACGAAGGCUGGAUAGUUAUCCAGGUUUGCACUUGCACUCACCUUCAUCAAGGACACGAGCUAUUACUGUCAGGAGUAAAAUAGGCCGAAGUAUUCAGUCAUUCACCGCCCCUGGAACACAAUUAGAGCAGGGACAAAUCCAUGAUGAUCCCAUCGAGGAUGAUGAGGGCGAGGAGGACAAUGAGACACAAUUCAUUGGUCGUCUAAACGGAGGUAAUGACCCUGAAGAAGAACCAGAGGAAGACCCUGGAGAAGACAAUAGAGGAGAGGAUGAAGUCAAUGGAGAGGAAAAUAUUGAUGAAGCGCAUGAAGAGCAUCAGGUAGAAUCCCUACAGCAAGACCAGCCAAUUCACCCCGAAGACACUGAUUCUCCGGGCUCUGGUUCUGGUGAAAGCUACGUUGAUGAUGAUGAACGAAAGACCAGGGAAGAUGCAAAAGUCAAUGAGCUAAUCAAGGCUGCAGAGGAAGCAUCUGCCGUUCCUUCAGAGCAUAGUGUGGAGCGGGCAGAGAUACUGAUCCGGAAACCUCGCAAGAAAGAUUCUACACAUGAGCUAGCAUGCACUAUCGAUGCAUCUAUUGAGAAGAUUGAAUCUCAGAUGAAAGCUCUUCAGAGGAGAAUACAAUCAUUGAGUAACAGGGGGUUACAUAGAGGUGAAGAUGCAGACGAUGACGGCGACCAGCAGAUUGCCCCUGAGACAAAGCUGUCCCUUGCAGUCUCCAAGAAAGAUUUCUCCAGAAUGCGAAUAAUUGGGCAGUUUAACCUUGGCUUCAUCCUUGCGACAAGGCCGGGAGUUACGGGGGAUGAGAACUCUUUUUCAACCCCGUCAGCGGAGCAAGAGCAGGAUGAGUUAUUCAUCAUUGAUCAGCACGCCUCAGAUGAGAAGUAUAACUUUGAGCGUCUCCAAGCUGAGACGACAGUGCAAAACCAAAGGCUGGUGAAACCAAAGACACUUGAUCUAACCGCUGUGGAAGAAGAGGUUAUCAUCGACAAUCUUGCUGCUUUAGAAAAGAAUGGAUUUAUUGUCGAGAUAGAUACCAGCGGUGACGAGCCCAUCGGUAGACGGUGCAAGCUGAUUAGCCUACCGCUAAGCAAAGAAGUUGUCUUCGACACCCGCGAUCUGGAAGAGUUGAUUGUCCUGCUUUCUGAAGCGCCGCAGCAAUCACAAAACAAUCUAGGCAAACGAGCAAGGGAUGAACUCGAUAGUGAUGCGGAGCAUAUUGAACCACCGGGCGUAGCUUCAUCGCCCUUCUCGGACUACCUUGUUCCUAGACCGAGCAAGGUGAGAAAGAUGUUCGCUAUGAGAGCUUGCCGGUCCAGUAUUAUGAUUGGAAAAAACCUUACCCAUCGGCAAAUGGAGACUGUCGUCAAACACAUGGGAACUAUAGACAAGCCAUGGAACUGUCCUCAUGGAAGACCUACUAUGAGACAUCUAGUGAGCCUAGGACAGUGGAAUGAAUGGAGUGAGUGGGAUAGCCACAAAGAACGCUGGUCUAGGGCUGAGGCGCAACCAAGGAGUAUCAGACAGAUAUGGGAAGAAUUUGUCGAAGAUUACAGCUCAUAG